AAUAAAGUUUUCCUGUUGACGUGGAGGCAGAGCCGCAGUCUCUGCGCAUGCUCGGGGUUCUACAGCAAGGCACACACGUGUAAGAGAUAACAUCGCGUAGCAGGUUGUAAGCAUGGAGCUUGAUCUAUCACAGGUGAGGAAGGCAGUGCAGGCCUUGUUUGCCUAUCUGAAGAGCAUCGAGGGGUCCCAGUCCCUGCCGUUGAAUGAGCACCAGCACAUCUCCCUGUUGGUCACUUUGUGGAAGAUCCCACCCAAGGAGCACACCAUCCACAUCCCCCUCCCUCACGGGAUCCGCUCCGACAGUGCUGAGGUCUGUCUCUUCACCAGGGACGAGCCCCAGAUGACCAGCGAGCAGACUGAGAGGUUGUACAAGAAACUGCUGGCUGAACACAGGGUCAGCAGCAUCACACAGGUUAUUCCCUACCAGACUCUGAAGAAGAAGUACAAGCCGAUCGAGGCCAAGCGGAAACUGCUUGGGAAUUUCGACCUCUUCCUGGCUGAUGGCCGGAUUCACCGUCUCCUGCCCUCCCAGAUCGGGAAGCACUUCUACAGGAGUAAGAAGGAGCCUAUCUCUGUUAACCUGAAAGUGAAGCAGCUGGCAAAGGAGCUGGACAGGGUGAUCAAAGGAAGUACCCUGCCGGUCAACCACAAAGGCUGCUGCUGCAUAGCGCGUGUGGCUCACUCCGGGAUGACGGUGGAUCAGAUAGUAGAGAAUAUCUCUGCUGCUGUCAAUACGAUAGCUGAGAAACUAAACAAGAAACGGAAUAAUAUUAAAGUCCUCCACUUGAAGACCCAGAAGUCGGUGGCUCUGCCCAUCUUCUCCUCGAACCUGCGAAGUCUGAGCGAGCUGGACAAAGAGGCAAACGCCCCACCAGACACAACGCAGAACACUGGGGUAAGGAAAAAGGGGACGGAGAAGAAGAAGAAGAAGAAGAAGAAGAAAGCAGAGAAGCCAAAAGACCAGGCUAAGGAGGGAGUGAACAGGUCGGCAGUCGUGGACCAAGUGGACCAAGAGGAAAAGCCUGAGGAACCCAAACAGGAAGUGGAGGCGAUUCCUGAGCUGGUUCCCAUGGAGACCCCAGCAAAAAAAGCAAUGGUGCAGAAGACUCCUAAAAGUAGGAAGACCCCAGCUAAGGAGCCAGUGGAAAAAUCAACAGAGACCCCAGAUGCCAGAGAAACUCGGCUGAGAAAAAGGCAAACGCAGACACCUGUAGCAGCAUUGGUUCUUCCAGAGACUCCGAAAGACACGAAAAAGACCCCCGGCAGGAAGGCUAAAGCGCCGAAGACCCCGAAACCAGCAGUAACUGAAAAUGGAUCGGCCCCAGAGAAGCAGCAGAAAACCCCCAGGAAGAGAGCGGCGCCUGCGGAGAGCAAGCUGGCUAAAUCUGCCACAAAAGCACCGAGAACGCCCAAACAGAAACAGGAGUCGGAUGUACCCCAGUCUUGUUAAAUAAAGAAUUUAUAUAUAUACUGUAACAAAGGGUACGUGUUGACCUUGGAAGGUUCGGAACACAUUACCGAAGGAAGGUUCGAACCUUCGAUUAUACUAUUUUGCAUAAUGACGUCACCAAAGAUACUAGUUUAUAUUGGCAUGAAAAUCCUGUUAUUUUACAGGUUAUCCAUCUACAUUGUUAAAAAACUGUCUCCUAUUUUCUGUUCUGAAUGCCCCUUUAUCUAACCUCCAUUUGUGACGCCUGGUCCUUGUUUCUUUUUUUCAGGUCGAAAAAGUCCCCUAGGUCGACAUUGUCAAUACCUUUUCGAAUUUUGAAUGCUUGAAUCAGAUCACCGUAUAGUCUUCUCUGUUCAAGAGUGAAUAGAUUAAAUUAUUUUAGCCUGUCUGCAUACCACAUGCCUUUUAAGGGAUAAUUCUGGUCACUCUUUGCACUCUUUAUAGAGCAGCAAUAUCCUUUUUGUAACGAGGUGACCAGAACUGAACACAGUAUUCUAGGUGAGGUCUUACUAAUGCAUUGUAAAGUUUUAACAAUACUUCCCUUGAUUUAAAUUCAACACUUUUCACAAUACAUCCGAGCAUCUUGUUUGCCUUUUUUAUAGCUUCCCCACAUUGUCUAGAUGAAGACAUUUCCGAGUCUACAUAAACUCCUAGGUCUUUUUCAUAGAUUCCUUCUUCAAUUUCAGUAUCUCCCAUAUGAUAUUUAUAUUGCACAUUUGUAUUGCCUGCGUGCAGUACCUUACACUUUUCUCUUUUAAAUGCAAUUUGUCAUGUGUCUGCCCAGUUCUGAAUGCUGUCUAGAUCAUUUUGAAUGACCUUUGCUGCUGCAACAGUGUUUGCUACUCCUCCAAUUUUUGUGUCGUCUGCAAAUUUAACAAGUUUGCUUACUCUACCAGAAUCUAAAUCAUUACUGUACAUUAGGAAUAGAAGAUGACUUAAUACUGAUCCCUGUGGUACACUAACAUUACCUCUUAAGGUCACUUUACAACGUAACCAAUGGACAGGAUGUGUCUUCUUGUUAUUAAUUUUUCUCUUGUUUUCUACAUCCAUAAAUUGAUAUAUUGAUGGUCGGUGUUUUUUAUCCAGACUUAGAAAGUGUAUAAUGUAUCAGCCAGCGACAGUAAUACUCUCGCGCAAAAACCCAGUUAUAAACUAAAUGUCAAGUUAUUUUC